AUGGAGGAGAUGAAGAGGCGCACCGAACCCCCUCCCCCGCCGCCUCCCACCCGGACGCUGCCGCCGGGCUCUCCUCAGCAGAGCGAGCGAGGAGGAGCCGUCGGUUACCGACGUCCCAACGGACCGGGGAAGGUGCCUUCCAAGGAAAAUUGUCAAACCCUUUGCCCUUUGCCGUCAUUGGCUAUUGGCAGCAUUGGGCCGUCCUCUGCAGACAUCGUCACCAAAAAGAGCAGAGGAGAGACAGCACUGCUUCCCCUCUCCCAAGAGCUGCAGACACAGUGUUGGAUUAUGGACAGAAACUUGAUGUAUCUGCUGAGCAGAGGGGGCUCUGAGGACCUGUCGGUGGGUUACACGUCACCAACAUCUAACUCCUCUGCAGCCUAUGAAUAUGCCUACUACCCAGAACUGGACAUGAGCUGUGAUCUUGAAAAUAUUCCAGCAUUUACAUCUACCUUUUUUCCAGUGCUGUACUCCCUACUCUUGGUUCAGUACUCCAUCAAGAGCCAAUGGACUUUUGGAAAUGCAAUGUGUAAAAUCAUCAGCUCAGCUUACUUCAUUGGUUUCUACAGCAGCGCCUUCUUCAUAACCAUCAUGAGCGUCGACAGGUACUUGGCCAUUGUCCGGUCUGUGUACGCUCUACGGGUUCGGACAACUGCCAAUGGGGUUAUCACCAGCCUGGUCCUUUGGGCAGUCGCCAUUUUAGCAUCAGCACCAGACUUAAUUUUUUUCCAGGAAACGAAUGACAAUAACCAGACUAAGUGCAUCCCUCGCUAUCCUGACAGCAGCAAUGGCUGGAAGACUUUGAAUAAUUUUCAAGUCAAUGUCCUUGGGUGGCUGAUCCCUGUUGGUGUUCUCAUUUUCUGCUACCACAGCAUCUUGAAAAACCUGCAGAAGUGCCAUACUCAGAACAAGUACAAAGCAAUGAAACUGGUUUUUAUUGUCGUCAUUGUGUUCUUCCUCUUCUGGACCCCUGUCAACAUUGUGCUUUUUCUGGACUCUCUGAGGAAGAUGUACAUCAUUGACGACUGCCAGACAAGCCAAAGGCUAGAUUUAGCCAUGGAGCUGGCUGAGGCGCUCUCCUUUAUCCACUGCUGCCUCAACCCUGUCAUCUACGCCUUCGUGGGUGAGAAGUUCAAGAAGCAUCUCUGCAAAGCUUUCAGAAAGUACACAGGUUUUCUGUUGAUCUGCAAAGGCUACAGUGUUUCUCAUGGUCGCAGCCUUGACAAGCACUCCUCUCUGUAUGCAACGUCCUCACAGUCGUCUUUUGUUGGUGCUGUCUUAUAG